AUGUUGGGAUUUGUGAGAUAUGUAGCGGGAGCAGCAAUAUCUUAUCAGAUUUUUAUAGUGUUUGGAAUUCUACCAUGUGUUAUCUCUAGCGAGGCUUUAAAUGGAUUGUUAUCAUCAGGUCCAUCGAAAGAUAACAGCGAAAAGUGUACAUUGGCUACCUCUCAUUGUGUCCCAAUCGCUCUACAUCUCAAUCGUACCUGCUUAGGUAAUCAUUUGCCUUACAAACUGACAGCCCCAAUACCACUUGGUGAGGAUGUGACUUUUUACAGCCUAGAGUUUUGGACAGCCCUACAGUCUAUUCCAACAUGUUGGGAUAAAUUACAAUUCUUUUUAUGCUCCGUUUAUGUUCCUGAAUGUGUUGUUAUACAAACUUCAAAAUUCAUUAAUGUGGAUAGUACGUAUUCAUCCUUCACUACUGGAAAUAAUCAAUCUGAUCUAAAUAAUCAUUCAAUUAAUGUAACCAAUAGUCAGGAAUUCUUCAAUAAAAACAUGUCAGUUGAUAGCUUUCCAUCAUCAUCGACAAAUUCUCAUCGAAUUGUUUUACCAGAAGCUGAAAUGUGUGAAGCCGUACAUAAAGCCUGUCCACUUCUCUUUUCCAUUAUUCACUCAAUGAAUGAUAAUAAUAGUAAUAAUGUAAAAAAGAAAUUUACAAAAAUCAACAACACUGGUACUGGUCACAGUAUUAGUAAUAAUGGUAGUAGUGGUAGAGGUAUUGACGAUGAUACCAGUUCUAGUAAACAGCAUAAUCAUUUAUAUCCGAAAUUCUUGGAUUGUUCAUUAUAUACGCCAGGAUGUCGACAGAAUAAAUUAACUGCUCGUUUAUUUCAAAGUAAUGGCGGUGGAUGUCAAUCUCCUCUUGUUACAACUUCAUUAAGACGAAAUUGGAUUCCUGGCAUAGAAAGAUGUAGUUUUCCAUGUCGACGUCCCCAUUUCGAUUCUGACCAUUAUAAAUUAGCUAGAUGGAUUACAGGUUGUGCUGCUUUGUUCUGUUUAUGUACUAAUGUUUUUACAUUGUUCACUAUUCGUUUACAAUUAACUGAACGUAUGGAGAUAACAUUACAGCUUUCAAUAUAUGUUCAUCGUCUUAUUGAUUCACUACACUUGCCAACAUUUUCAACAAAUCGAAAAUCACAUCUUAUCUACAAUGGUAAAUCAUCCAAAUCAUCAGCGACAACAUUAGCCACUUCUUUAACAGGAACAAAAACCACCACAACAACUACAGCACCUAAUGAAACAGUUUAUAAUCCAUCUUGGCGUUUAUUACAUACAUCAUUAUUUUACAUACAUUUAUUUUUAAUAUUCGGUUGUUUCGGUUGGUUAUUACCUUUAUUACCAACUAUUGGUGAAUAUGUUGCUUGUCGGGAAGAUGGUAGUCUUCGUGUUGGUGAACCACAAAUUAGUUCCGGAAAAUCAUUUCUAUGUAUCAUCGAUUUCAUCUUAUUGUAUUUCUCUUCUAUGGUUGCUGCUAUUUGGUCGAAUAUUUUUGAUUAUGCAUUAUUAUAUCAAAUGAAAAAAAUUAAUUACAAUCUAAAUAAUCAACUGUCUCAUCAACAAUUCCCUCCUAAACAUCAUCAUCGUUACCAUCAUUAUCAGUACAAGAAUAAAUUACAUCGACAACAAUCAAAACAUCGGAACCACCGUCGUCGCCAACGUCAUCAUCAUCACGAACAACAACAAAAACCAUCUCAACAAUACCAUAACGAUGUUGAAAUGAAACAUUUUCAAUCAUAUAUCACAAAAUUCAGUGAGAAUUUAUCUAAAAAAUAUAAUAAGUCGUCAGAUCGUUCUAUGCCAAAACGAAUAUCUGAUGAACCUUUAUCAGAGAUAACAAAUUCAGUGAAUUUAACAAAUGAAAAAUCAUCUGAAUUAGAAUUAGUUAAUGAAGAACAUUUUGUUCCGAAUAACGAUACUACUACUACUACUACCACUGAUACUACUAAUAAAAAUACACUUGAUUUGAAUAUUGAUAAUAAUAAGAACAACAGUACAACCACUAAUGUUUAUAAUGAAGCAAUCAUUGAAUCAUUAAAUGUACCAAUUUCAAAAGAUUGUACAAGUAAUAUUAAUAUGAUUAAAAAAGAAUGCAAGUUAUCUUGUUCAUCUUCGUCAUCAUCAUCUUCUUCUGCUUCAUCAUCUGCAUCACCUUCAUCAUUGACAUCUUCAUCUUCUUCAUUAUUGUUGUUAUCUAGUCAAAAUGUUGAUAAUGUGGAAAAAAUGGAUGAUAGAGCACAAUUGUCUAAUAACAACAAUAAUAAUAAUAAUAAUACUUAUACUGAUAAUAGUUUUACAACUGGUAAACUUCACAAUCCUAUGCAUAAAUUCCGUAAACAGAAAAUAAAAGGUUUACAUUCAAAGGAUUAUUAUUUUGGUGACAAUUAUCAUAAAUUACAUUCUUCUCCUUCCAGUCAUAACCAUAGUCUAGUAUGCUUGGAGUCGAUUCCUCAACAUUCACCAGGAAUAGAUAGUAUUUGUUUAAAUCCAUAUCAUAAUUAUCAUGAUCGUCGACAUCAUCCACAUCAACACCACCUUCAUCAUCAUUGUCGUACUGGUAGUCAUAACUACUAUCAACAAUAUAAAUUUGGUUCGUUUACUGGAAUCCCACUAAAUUCACUUGUCGAUUUAUUAUCGUCUGAUUGUAUAGAUUCAUGUUUUCAUUCAUCCUCGUGUUUUCCGAUUUCUAAACCAUUAAUCUCACAAAUAUUAUGGAUUCAACUAUUUACUAGUGAUAAAUAUCUUUUUAUUCACAACAUUGAUACAAUUGGAACUGUUGAUGAUGAUACUACUAAACAUGGUCAUCAUGAUGAAGAGGAUGGUAAUGAUGAUGCUGCUGAUCACGAUGACAAAAUUGAUGGUCAUUUUCUAAAUACAAAAACUACCGCUAAUACUACAACAACAACAACUUGUUCUCAUAUGAGAUCACUUAUGCUAAAUCAAGGUGUUAUCAUUUCAUCCCCAAUUAAUAAUCAGUCAAUAAAUACUCAACCGCAAACAACCUGUUUACAUUUCUUAGCGCUUGCUAUCCCUUUAGUGUUUACAUUGAUUAUUUUAACAGCUGCAGAAAUUGAUGGAAAUUCAUUGAGUGGAAUUUGUUCUGUUGGUUUAAUCAAUAUAUGGGCACGUGUUGGACUAUUAUUAAUCCCGUUCACAUUAUGUCUAAUAAUAAAAUUUUAUUAUUUUAUUCAAUUAAUGCAUCAAUUUAUGAAAUUACGUCAUAAAUUCCUGUUAUCCUCAUUUCAUGUGGAUCAUGAAAUAGCUCAACGUUUAGUACGUUAUUGUUUAUUUUAUGGUAUAUUUCUGAUGUUUCUACUAAGUUUAUGGUUAUUUUCAAUUUGUAUUCAUACUUAUGUAUAUUUAAAUGAACCUGUCUGGUUGGAAUCACAACGUCGUUUAUUCUUAUGUCGAAUACGUUAUCGUCUAUUAGGACUUGAUGAAUUAGCCUCAAUGAAUGUUUGUGUAAAUACAGCUUUUUCAUAUGAAACUGUUGAUACAUCACCAUCUUCAAUAACGUCAUCAUCUGCAGCAACAGUGGCUGCAUUCACUCCAUCAUUGAAUAUUCAUUCAAAUCAUAUAAGUUCAACAUUUCCAACGAAAAAUCAUAUCUCAAUAGAUGAUUCCUUCAUGUUAAACAAUAUGGCUGAUUUACAAUCAUCAUCUACACAGUCAAUAUCUGAUUUGUUAAUGAUGAAAUCAUCUGAUCUACAAAUACACUACCAACAACAGCAACUUCUCAAACAACAGCGACAAACAGGAACAUCAAUUCAACAGAAUAAUGAUAAGACAGCAUCAUCAUCGUCAUUAACUGCAACACGAAUGUCGACUUAUCUGCCUAUUGAUGCUGAUGAAAUGGUAUCGAUUCAAAAACCAUCUGUUGGUCCAUUACUCUUACAUUUAAUCGUUUAUUUCGCUAUAAAUCUCUUGUAUAAUUCAAUGUGUUUACUAGAUCCAUCAGUGAAACGAACUUGGUGGUAUUUGCUUAAACGAGUUAUGUUUUGUUGGUGGGAUCCUGGUUUCUUUAUAAUACCUACACCGAUUCUAUCAAAUAAUGAUUUAUGGAAAAAAUCUGGCGUAUUUUAUUCACAUGAAAAAUAUUCUAAGAAAUUACAAGAUUUUGAAUUAGUCAAACGUAAAUCAAAUCGUUUUACUGAUCAUGAUAAUAAUUAUUCUACUACUAAUACAAAUACUACUACAAUGAUUAGUAGUAGUAUUUUAAAUUGCACUGACAAUAAUGAUGGCAAUCAUUAUCAUCGUCAUAAACUUGUCAAUAAAAUUAAUCAUACUACUGAUCAUGACAUUGUGGAUUUUAAUGCAGAUAAUAAUGAUAAUAAUAAUAACAUCUUAGAGCAAUUGGAUCAUGUAGUGAGUCCAUUGGAAUCAUUAUUAUUGUUGUUACAAUCAAACACACCAAAUCCUCAACAUUUAUCGAAUUUAUUAUCGAAAUUACUACUUUUAUCAGUGAAUAACAAUAAUUCGAAUGGUUUAUUAGAACAGUCAGUUUUAAAUCAGCAACGGAAUUCACAAUUAUCUUCAACAUCAUCUUCAUCACCGCCGUCUUCAAUUCAUGAUAAUAAUAAUAAUAAUUUGGAAACUUUAUUAUUAUUCGUUUUACGCCAAUUGUAUCAAUUAUCAUCUACAACUGGGUUGACAGGUAUCUCUAAUGAUAAUGGUCCUGUUAAACAUCAGGAUAAUGUUAUUACUACUAGUCCCACAACUAAUACUACUAUUACUAAUAAUAAUAGUAGUAUUGGUCUUAGCCAAAAUACUAAUCAUAAUUUAACUAGCAAUACAAUGAUCAAUCAAACAACAGAAUUGAUUCCGACUACUUUGAUUCGUAAUAGUAGUAAUGUUAAUUUGACUGGGAGUAAUAAUCAUCAUUCCAAUCAUUCUUUGUCCCAUCAGUCAGAUCUAACAGCUACAUUGACUGCGGCAGCUGCCUAUGAACAGUAUCAAAAACAGUUAUCGGAUUUAACAGCAAGCAUCACACAACGUCGAAGCAGGCACAAACGAUUAUUAUCUGGACGUUCGUCAAUUCGUCGUCGUAGUCAAUCGCAUAGUCUACCUACAAAUAGUUUAUUUUUACCUAGUUUAACUACAUCAAUGAAUGUUACCAGUAAUAGAAUAAAUUCUUCAUUAUAUUCUACAGAAUCCAAAUCAAUCGAACAACCAUUUACAUCAAUUCAAACAGGAACAAUAACAACAACAGCAUCAGCAUCAUGUUUACCACUUGGAAGAAGAGGUUCAUUCAAUGUAUUGCAAGCUGCAGUUUCUAUGUUUGCUGCUGCAGCUGUCGCUUCUACAAAAAUGAAUAAUAACGUUAAAAGUAAUACUAGUAAUAAUUCUUUCAAUAAUCGACGCCGAUUAAGUCAAUCUGGUUUAAGUGGAUUAGAUACAUUUUCUACACAUCAUUUGGAUAGUUCUAGUGGUACAGCUUCAGCUUUUGGUGGAAGUCAAAUCUCGUCAACAUCCAUUCGAAGUGCUUUAACUAGUGUCGGUCUAUCUCAUCGUCAUCACCGCCAUCAUCACCAUCGUCGCCGACGUCAAAACAAUCAUACUCGACCAUCUUCAACAUCUGAAGCUCGAUUAAUUAAUAGUAUCAAUAAUUAUAAUAAUAGCACUCUAAAUAAUAUACAAUCUAAUACCAUUGGUCUAUCGACCACUACAAAGUAUAAUAAUAAUAGUAAUAAUAAUAAUGUACAUAGUAUGGGCAGUCGAAUGUCAUCAUUACGAUCAAUAUCAUGUGCUUCUUCGUCAGGUGCUGAAUCAUACAACUCGUAUCGAUUAUUAAUUAAUCAAGCUGGUGCAAGUUGGCGCGAAUUAUGGCGUACACGAAUGUUAUUAAUGCAUGUGUUACGUUGGGCUGAAAAUGUUACAUCAUUUAUGCAACCGAACACUAACACUACUACUAGUAAUAAUAAUAGUAGUAACAAUAUAAAUUCCAGUGUACUUAAUGAUGAAUUUAGUAAAUCACAAAUUAGUCUAUCAAACCAUUUUGAUGCAUCCAUAAAUAAUAAUAUAGACUGUGUGAAAACACCGACAACAUGUAUUACUACUACUAUGAUGUCGGUGACGACGACUACAUCAGCUAUUGUUACCACUUGUAGUUGUGACGUUUUCGGUGAUAGAAGUAGAAGUAGUCCAUGCAAUAUUAAUCAACAAAUACCGGUAUUCACGUCUAAACCUACCGAUGGUAUAAAUGAUUUCAAUGGACAACUAAUUCAACUGAUAAUGUCAUUGAUUGAACAACAAAACCAGAAUCAAUUUGUCAGUCCUGGAAUUGGAUCCCAAUCAAAACUGGACAUAGAUACACAAUUAUCAACUAACCCACUGAAUAAUUUGCAUAUUGAAUCACCGUUACAAACAGUUAUUACUACUAUGACAACAACAACUACUACUACUAUAAGUAGUAUCAGUCAUUUCGUUGGACAAACACAUCAGUUGACCACUAUGGAUCCUAUGAUGGCAGCAGCAUUUGCUGCGGCAACAGCGGCAGCUACUGUAGCUCUACAACAACAACAACAACAAGCCUUACGCCAGUCGUCGCCAUCGAAUUCAACAUCAUCUCCCGCUGCUAUCGGCGCUGUUACUUUUGGUACCCCGACAUCUACCAUUCAUAAUUACAACAAUGAUAUCAAAAUGUCUCAUCAGAAUGUUAAUACAAGUAAUGCAAAUAUUAACAGCCAAUUCUGUCAUAAUGUAAAUCAUCCAGUUAUGACACAUUGGACUACUGGAUCAUGUUCACUAGGACCGAUGCCGCAAGAUAUAUAUCACUCAUCAAGUGGUCAGCAUUUAACAUCACCAGCAUAUAAUCCUUCCAAGAAUAAUGAUAAUAAUAUCCCGUAUAUAACACCAAUCAAAAAUAUUUCACCCUAUUCACAAACUACUAACAAUUGGUUCCCUGAAAUACCAUCAACCUCUAAUCGUCAUCAUCAGCAUCAUCGUUCGUCAUGUGAUCCAAAUUCUUUGAGAACUAUUCAUAUGUCAAACAAUAAUAAAUUUAACAAUCAACAAAUGAAUAUAAAUAAUAAUAAUGUUAAUUAUGAUAUGAAUACGAUAGGACCAUAUCAUAAUUAUUUUAUGCAACCGAAUUCUACGUAUACAACUAAUGUAUCUUCUGAAGAAAAUCAUCAUUUUUACCAGUGUACUACUGCACCAGAUCUACUUUUGGAUCAUGAACAACUUACUACAACAGAAAGAUCUAGAAAUAUAUCUAAUCCAUCACCAAGUUGUUCAUCACAAUUAUUAUCUCGACACCAACAACACCACCACCACCACCACCAAAAACAACUGCCUGUAAAUUGUCUAAUAGAUAAUUGUAAUCAUUCUGUAAUUCGUUUAACUAAUUCAUUUCAUUCACCUGCUAACAACACUGUUAGUAAUGUUUCACAAAUUCCAAUGUUACCUUUCUCUUCUACAUUAUCCUCUGUGCCGAAUUCACAACAAAGUAAUUAUACAUUAUGUCCUAAUACAUGUACAAAUCCAUAUAUUGUAACUGAAAGUCCAUUUGUUAUCAAUGAACAAAAUCCCAAACAAUCUCUAAUUACAUCUCAAAACUACAUUACUGAUUGUGAAUCCAAUGUAAAAUUAUUACGCAAUCCAUCUGAAAACGCUAUCCUCACCAGUCGUAAUAAUAAUGACUCAGAUGCAUUUGAUAGUGAAGAUGAAAUUGUUUCAGUAAAUGAAGACGAUGAUGAAUUUCAUGAAGUUGACAGCGAUGACAUUAACAAUAACAAUCCUGAACAUAAUGACCAACACCAAAGUCAACAACAUACAAAUUUGUUAUUUACACAUAUUCCCUAUAUUGUAACAAAUCAAAGUUAUGCUAAUAAUUAUGAACCAAUGAUUGAAUUGAAUGCUAAUUCACGUGAAUAUUUUAUUCCUGGUUUUGUAAGUUCAGCUUACCAUCAUCAUCAUUUGACUACAAUUGAACCAGUUAAAGUCACUACAACAAUAACAACAGCAAUAAAAACAAUGACAACAACAACUCAUUGUCUUCCAUCUCAUCCUUUGUCAGUUUAUUCGAAUAUCUUAAUGCAAACUAAAUGUUCUACAUAUAUUAGUCCAGAUGAUGGUGAAAUAUCUAGUGUUAGUCAAAGUGCCAGUCAAGUUGUUCCAUGUGCAUCAUCACCAUCGUCUUCAUCAUCUUCAUGUACAGACCCAUCAUCUUCGUCAUCCUCCUCCUUAUCAUCAUCAUUUUCAAAGUCUAAAUUAUCGCCUAAAUUAAAUUCAUAUAAUGAUCAAUUAACUCCUAAUCCUAUUAUCGUUACUUGUGCACAACUUGAUCAUAUCAUCACUGAUCCUUCACCGUUAUCUUCUUCUUAUUCUGUUACUUUAUCUCAGCAUAUUGAUCAACAUAAUGAUUCUAUUAUCAAUGUACAUCAUAUCAAAUUAUUACCACUUGAUAAACAAUCAAAUUUAAAUAAGACAAAAAUGAUCGAUGAAACAACAACAAUGUAA